CUCAGCCGGAUUUUAAAAGCCGUGGGCGUUUGGAGGACUGAAUAUUUGAAAAUCGUUUCCCCAAUAGAUUAAACGUCCUCAAAGGUUUCAGAUCCAUAUCUGACACCACACCUCAUAAAUAUUGGAUGGCUUCUGUAACAUUAAACAUUGAUGUUCUCAGUUUAAGUUUUCAAAGCGGAGUCGGAGUGUCCUCGCUGAGGGAGGGCAAGAGGAGGUCCAGUCAGACUCUACCUGCCGAUCAAACGCGCGCUGUUUCCUCAGGUGCGCGAGGGGGUCAGACUCCAACGGACCGACGAUGCUCGCUCUGCCCAAACUGUAAGGAAAGCCAGAUUUCUACGCCGGUUUGCUGGGUUAUAUUACACGUGUGACGCCUGAGACGAGUGAGACCCAGAUUUUGGAGUCAUUUGAAGACUUAUCUCAAACUCCCGAGGAGCUGCAAUGGCAUCGAUCGGGGAGUUUGAUCCGUUAAACAGCAGCGUACCUGCCACCAAAAUAGAGAUUACCGUCUCGUGCAGGAAUUUGCUGGAUGUGGAUACGUUCUCAAGGUCAGCGCCAGUGGUUGUGUUGUAUGUUCAAGGAAUUGGUACUAAGGAGUGGAGAGAGUUUGGUCGAACAGAAGUGAUUGACAACACUCUCAACCCCGACUUUGUGAGGAAGUUUGUCCUGGAUUACUUCUUUGAAGAAAAGCAGAACCUUCGGUUUGAUGUUUACAAUGUGGACUCCAGAAGCUCAAACAUCUCAAAGCAUAAGUCCUUCCUCGGCCAGACCUUCUGCACUCUAGGAGAGAUUAUUGGGUCCUCUGGGUCAAGACUGGAGCGGGUGCUUUCGGGUAUUCCUGGGAAGAAAUGCGGGAGCAUUAUCUUCACAGCUGAGGAACUCAGCAAUUGUCGGGACAUUGCAACCAUGCAGCUCUGUGCUAACAAGUUGGAUAAGAAGGAUUUCUUCGGGAAGUCUGAUCCUUUCCUGGUGUUUUACCGCAGCAAUGAAGACGGCACGUUCACUAUCUGUCACAAAACAGAGGUGAUAAAGAAUACUUUGAACCCCGUGUGGCAGCCCUUCACCAUCCCGGUGCGAGCUCUGUGUAACGGAGACUAUGACAGAACAGUGAAGGUUGAUGUUUAUGACUGGGACAGAGAUGGCAGUCAUGACUUCAUCGGAGAGUUUACGACCAGCUAUAGAGAGCUGUCUCGUGGGCAGAGCCAAUUCAAUGUUUAUGAGGUUCUGAAUCCCAAGAAGAAAGGGAGGAAAAAGAAAUAUGUCAACUCUGGCACGGUAACACUUUUGUCCUUCAAAGUCGAAUCGGAGCACACAUUUGUGGACUUCAUUCGAGGCGGAACACAGCUCAACUUCACUGUAGCCAUAGACUUCACCGCCUCUAAUGGAAACCCAUCUCAGCCGACCUCGCUCCACUACAUGAACCCGUAUCAGCUGAACGCAUACGCCAUGGCCCUUAAAGCCGUGGGGGAGAUCGUCCAGGAUUAUGACAGUGACAAACUCUUCCCUGCCUACGGCUUUGGAGCUAAACUCCCUCCUGAUGGCAAGAUCUCUCAUGCUUUUCCCCUGAACUCCGACUGUGAGAAUGCAAACUGCGUCGGCAUCGAAGGCGUGCUGGAGGCGUACUAUGACUGUCUCCGGAAAGUGCAGCUCUACGGCCCCACCAACUUUGCCCCUGUCAUCAACCAGGUGGCACAGUGUGCGUCAGAGGUGACAGAUGGCUCUCAGUACUUCGUGCUGCUGAUCAUCACAGACGGUGUCAUUUCCGACAUGGUACAGACUAGAGAAGCUGUGGUCACCGCGGCGUCUCUGCCCAUGUCCAUCAUUAUUGUUGGAGUCGGCCCUGCUGAAUUUGAUGCAAUGGAAGAGCUGGAUGGAGAUGAGGUCAGGGUGUCCUCCAGGGGACGUGUUGCUGAGAGAGACAUUGUCCAGUUUGUGCCGUUCCGAGACUACAUCGACCGAUCCGGGAACCAGGUGCUCAGCAUGGCCCGACUGGCCAAGGAUGUCCUGGCCGAGAUACCCGACCAGCUGCUGUCGUUCAUGAAGAGCAGAGGCAUUGAACCCAGACCAGCCCUCUCCCCAUCUCCCACACCACAGAUAAACGUCCACCUCUGAUCCUAGAGCGGUGUUUUAUCCACAGCUAUAUGUUCACGUCUGAAACCCCCGGGUCCGUCACCGGGGACGCACAUUUUUACUUUCUACAUCGGUUAGCAGUAGCACAUAAUGUAGUUACAAUAAUAAUCAACUGAAAUCAGGAAUAUGUUAAUGUAAGUGUCUGGUGUAAUACUUUAUAAUCAGCCAGCAAUCAAUCAAAAAUACAACAGUUUUUGCUUGCCUUGGAAUGGAAAAUGUGGAAGUAAAGAGAGGGUGAAAUUACUGACAAGAAAUGUCUGGGUCAUAUUUUCUAAAACAAUCUGCAGACUAGUAAAAACAAUGAAAUAUGCAUAUAAUUUUACAUGAAAUGCAAUACAUAAAAUAAAAUAAAUGAAUUCCAUUUCAGUUAAUGGAAAUGUAUUGCUUUAAGACAUUAUUUUCUCAUUCGCAAAUUCUAAAAUCUCUCAUUACUUAAAAUAAGAACAUUAAUUAAUGCAUUGUAAGUAGCCUAGGAGAAAUGAAAGAAAAGUAAAUUAUCAGACUUAUCAGUACUCUGGUAUUUUAUAACUGUUAAACGUUACAAAACUAACUAUUGUAUCACAUAGAAUUAUUUAAUUUUAUAAUAAUUAAAUAUUUAAAAUAAAUUAUAAUUUAUAUGACACAAUUUUUAUAUACUUAUAUAUGUUUAAAUGCUGAAAAAAAAUCCCCAUUUAUGCCCUGAUUAAGUUUAAUGAUAAUUAUUUUUAUUUUGUUAUAUUGGUUUAAUUCAAUAUUUACAGUAGUUGGAACACAAAUAUGGUACAGUUUAGUAUUCUGUGACCUUUUAAAGCUUUAGAGACACUUUAGACUGACUUUAUUAUAUCAUAUUUAGUUCUUUCUCCUUUAUUUUGUGUUGGAAUAACGUCUGGACAUUUCUGAUUCUGAAAUGUCCCCAGGAACAUGAGACCGUGUGUUCUUACACCCGGCAGAGACAGACGUAGGCUGUGCUGUACGCUGUAAAACCCAACCACGCAUGCACAGGUCACCUUUAACAUCAUCAUCUUUAGAUUUCACGUAGUUUCUUAGGCCAAGAUAUUUUUUCAUUUUCUCACUGGCUGAAUUAGUUGCGCUGGCACACUCUUGAGUAUGUAAAUAUUUUCUAAUCUGUGCCCGAUUUUGAAAGGAGCUAAUAAAUAGCUGCUUGUGGCAGAAAAACAGAUGCCUGAGCGGGAACACCGACGCACCCGGAGUCUUCCGCACACCUCGAGUGGAUGCAGUUAAUUACUUGCAGAAACAGAGGUGCCAAUCAGUGCAAUUCAACCAGAGAGAGGAAGACUGAGGGAAGAAAUAUCCAGGGUGUAAUCAGCAGAGGUUAAUGGAUACAGGAAGUAGGCAGGUGCAUGGCGUGAAAGAUAAAUCAGGUGAUCAGCAGAACGACAGGAAAAGAGGGGGAUUUUACAGGUGAAUCUUACACAGAAACGUCUGGGUCAUAUUUUACCCCCAAAAUAAAAAAUAUUACCAUUAAGAUGUCAUGCAGUGUGACAUUUUUAUAACAGAAUUUCUCCCUAUCACAUUCUCAUAACUGUAAACUCUCAAUACUGUAAAAUGUCUAGACUCAAUUAUUAUUAUUUUUUUAAAGUCAGCAUAAAUGCAAUACAUUGAAUGCAAACAUUAUAUACACAUAAAAUUGCACUUUAAAAAUAUACUUUAUAAUUUAAAUUAGCACUAUACUGUAUAUUGAUAACUUAUUGGUUAAUGUUGCAUAUAUAUUGUUUUUUUGUUUUGCAUUUCGAUUGUCUUUGGUUUUUGCUAAUGCUCAUCUAAAUUUUAUAUUUAAAAGCACUAAUGUAAACAAUAAUCUGUCUGUUAUGUCCUCAGCAAAUAUCAAAAUAAAUAUACUUUUUUUUUAAAUACUGUACAUUAUAGUUGUUUAGAAUGUUGCGAUGCCUAAAUUCACUUGUAGCAUUUAAAAUAUUUUUCUUUUUUUAAGUGCUUUAUUUUUUGUUUUUAGACAAAAUAAAGAAUUUUAAUAUCGGUAUCGGUUUGAUUUAUCGGUUAUCGGCUAUACACUCUUAAAAAUAAAAGUUCUUUAUUGGCAUCAGUGGUUCCACCAAGAACCUUUACCAACCAUGGAACCCUUUCCAAGGUUAUUAAGAGUGAAAAAAAGGUUCUUUAGGUUAUAAAAAUGUUCUUCACACUAAGAAAAAUGGUUGUUUUAAGAACUGUUCACUGAAAGGUUCUCUGGGGAACCAAAACUGGUUCAUCUAUGGCAUCGCUGUGAAACCCCCCUUUUGGAACCUUUAUUUUUAAGAGUGUAACAAUAAAAUGAUUACAUUUUAUUAGUAAAAAUACAGUAGUAGUCAGCAUUUGUGCAUAAAAUGCACAAAUUUUAUGGACAAAUGCCUCCCCCCCUUUUUUGAAUUUGGGAUGACACAUGACCUGGACAUUUCUUGACAUUCAACCUUUCGUGCACUGCCAUGUUGCAAAUUUUGUUCCAAAAAUGACUGUAGUCUCAAUGAAUGUUUGCCGAGAUUGGAGCAUUCAUUAUUUUUUUCCAUUCUUUCAUUUCGCUGUACAUAAUGAAUAGUGCAAUAACAUUUGACAUGCAUUAUUGCAUCUCACUACAAUUUAUGGGUGUAUUUCCGUCACAACCCUUGUUGCUGAGAUCAAAUAUUGCUCAGAUACUUUCAUGUUGAAUACCGUUUUCUCCAUAUUUACCUAUACAGUAAUCUAUCGGAAAUGUUCUAACUGUUGCGGAACCGUAGAUUUGAAUGCUAUUUGUUUCAUAGUAAAGACAGCUAUAGUAAACAGCUGCUUGUGCCAAAGUGCUACAAUGUAAAACAUUCCUGCCAAUGCUGUGUAUCAAAUUGUGAGGCAAAGAUGUUCCUUUUAUAUCUCCUUGUCGUGUUUUUAAUAAAGCAUGAACGUCUAGUGCUGAC